CUUCCACUCCUUAAAUGUGCAGAUUAUAUGUGAUGCAAACAUGCGCAUAUUAAAUGUCGUGGCAGGGUUCCCAGGAAGUAGCCAUGAUGCCUACAUCCUCAGGAAUUCUGGUGUGUGGAGAUUGUUUGAGACAAAUCAAAUGCCUGAAGGACAUCUCCUCGCAGAUUCUGCAUAUCCUCUUAAAAAAUGGAUUUGGACACCAUUGAAAGAGAACCAGGUUGUUGGGCCUGCUGAAUUAAGAUAUAAUGAAGCACAUAUCCGAACACGUGCUAUAAUAGAACGACUGUUUGGUGUUCUAAAAAUGCGCUUUCGCUGCCUGGACAGAUCAGGGGGGGAUCUCCAAUUCAGUCCGGAAAAAGCUAUUAAAAUCAUAGUGGCAUGUUGCUGUCUACACAACAUGGCACAGGAGCAUGGGAUGUUGAACGACUUACUUCCAACACCACAGCCCCCAGGUGAAAUCUUUGAGCAUGAUGUAAUUAAUCAUCCCCAACCCCUCAAUGCCCAUUUGGAGAGAUCUGCAACUAUUCAAGAUUUCUUUUCAGAUUGAAGAUUCUCAGAAAUGGAAUACCACUCCCCUCCCUCUCUCCUCAUCCCUAUAUUUACCACAUUUUCCCUAAAUAAAUGUAUACUUUACUCAAA